AUGGCCAAGAAGAGUAGGCUCCUCCUCGCGCACAAGCUCUUCUCCGCCAUGCUCUCCCUCCUCCACGGCCGCCGCCCGCCUCCUCACUACUCCAGCACCAGCAGGUCCACCACCACGGACCCCGCCUCUUCCCCUGCCGUGCACCGCGGCGCCGUCCCUCCGUCGACGCUGGACGCCGCCGCCGCGCUCGUCGUCGACGUCGACACCGCGCUGCUGCGGUCGGGCGGCGACCUGUUCCCGUACUUCAUGCUCGUCGCGCUCGAGGCCGGCGGCUUCCUGCGCGGGCUGCUGCUGCUCCUGCUGUGCCCGCUCAUCCGCCUCCUCAUGCCCCGCGGCGCGGCCGUCAGGGCCAUGGCGGCGGUGUCGUUCUGCGGCCUGCGCGCUGGAGGCCGGUUCCGUGCCGGCCGCGCCGUGCUGCCCAAGUGGCUCAUGGAGGACGUGGCGGCGGAAGCGUUCGAGGAGGUGCGCGCCGCCGGGAGCAGGGCCGUGUGCGUCACGGCCAUGCCUAGGGUCAUGGUGGACGGGUUCCUCCGUGAGUACCUCGGCGUGGAGGUGGUGGUUGCUAGGGAGAUGAAGGUGCUGUGGGGGUUUUACACCGGGCUCAUGGAGGAGCUGCCGGAGGGUGGUGAGAUGGUGAUGAAGGCGGCGCUGGCGGCGCCGCCGGCAGCGGAGGAGGAGAGUGGUGACAAGGCGGUCGUGGGGUUCUCUGGGUCAAUGGAGUUUCUUAGCCAUCCACUGGCACGUUGCUGCAAGGAGAUCUUCGUGGUGAGCGCCGACGAGAAGAGCAGGUGGCGGCCGCUGGCGCGGGACAAGUACCCGAAGCCGAUGGUGUUCCACGACGGUCGCCUGGCGUUCCGACCAACAGCCGCCGACACGGCGGCCAUGUUCGCGUGGCUGCCGCUGGGCGUCGCCCUGGGCGCCGCGCGUCUCGCCGUGGCGCUGACCGUGCCGUACAGGUACUCGACGCCGAUCCUGGCGGCGACGGGCAUGUCGUGGCGGCUCAAGGGCUCCCGCCCGGCGCUGCCGGGCGGCGGGCGCGGGCAGCUGUUCGUGUGCAACCACCGGACGCUGAUCGACCCGGUGUACGUGUCGGUGGCGCUGGACCGGCAGGUGCGCGCCGUGUCCUACAGCCUGAGCCGGCUGUCGGAGCUCAUCUCGCCCAUUGGCCGCACCGUGCGCCUCACGCGGGACCGGGACAGCGACGGCGCCGUCAUGGCGCGGCUCCUCGACCGCGGCAACCUCGUCGUCGUCUGCCCCGAGGGCACCACGUGCCGGGAACCUUACCUGCUGCGGUUCAGCCCGCUGUUCGCCGAGCUCAGCGACGACGUCGUCCCCGUCGGGAUCGCCGUCGAGACGUCCAUGUUCUACGCCACCACCGCCGGCGGGCUCAAGUGCUUCGACCCGCUCUACUACAUGGUGAACCCCAGGAUGUGCUACACCGUGCAGUUCCUGGACAAGGUGGACACCAGCGCCGUCAGGAGCAGGGCCGCGCCCAGCACCGAGAUGGCCAACCUCGUGCAGAGGAAGAUGGGGGACGCGCUCGGCUACGGAUGCACCAUGCUCACCAGGAAGGACAAGUAUCUCAUGCUCGCUGGCAACGACGGCAUCGUCCGAUCAACCGGCGACAAGUCGGCGCCUUCUGUCGCUGCUGGCGCCGAACCAGGGAGGAAGAACAACUAA